AUGGCAUUACAACUGCCAGAGCAUCUUGCGCUGAAAUCAGAGUACAACCACAAAUACUUGCGCUACAGAGAUUACAUCGAUACGGUGCAAGGGGUUCUCCACUUCUCCGGAGAGGAGGUUGUGAGCCCAUACACAAAGUUCCAUGCGGAGGACUCCGGAAUUAGUUCCUGCUACAACAACAAAUUCUGGAGGACGGCAGGUGAAGAAGAUAAGCGGAUUGUGGCCGAUGUUGACGAGAAACCGCCAAAUCCUCUCUUCAAUUUCGAGUAUGUACACCAGGAAGACAAAAUCGUACGGUUGUUCGACGUGCAACACAAUAAGUAUUUACAGAUACGCCCUGAAGACGAAUGCCUCAUUGUAAGCGAUGUAUUGCCAGACCACAACCCUACUUUGUUCAACUUCAAAGUCAUCGACUGGGAUACGUUGGUGAUUUUCCCCACGCUUGUUGCCUUCAUAGGCGACAAUGGCUCCUACCUCAGAGUCCAAUCCAAUGGUGAAUACCCAUUUCUGCAGUUCUCGGCCAAUGAACCUACUGAUCCAACGGUAGAGGUCGAGGUCUCCUUUACCCGUGAUGGAUACGUUCACUACAGGUCCACCUACAAUCAAAGGUUCUGGAAGCGUGCAGCUGGAACUAACUGGAUUUUGGCUGACACAGACGACACCACAGUACAGGACGCAACGUUGUUUUGGCCAGUCAAGGUAAACAUCGGGAACGUCAAUGUCGUUGUAGCUCUCCAGUGCAACAACAAUUUCUGCAGGAGGUUGAACUGGGGGGCCGGUAUAGAGAGUCUGAAUGCCGCCCUCCCCUCCCCCCUCCCUCCAGUUACCCCAGAGGCGCACCUGACAGUCAGAGAGCUUGUAAAGUCCCGGACCAUCUUUGAUCUCAACUUCCACGUCGACGAUGCCAGGAUCUAUAACCGCAGACACAACGUCGUCGUGGCCACCGGAGUAGCCCAAAACAGAACCCUAAAAUCGGCCUAUGCAGUCAUACUGCUCUCCUAUGAAGACACUAGUACUUGGAUUUCCAAUCUUGACGACUUCGCCUUCACGUCCCUCAUCCCAACCACCCUCACCUCUGACACUCUAUUCGUCCUAAACGACGACGAGGGAGACAUCAUCGGAAUUUUGGGUCACUUUGACGGACCAUACCACUGGGGUGAAGAUCACAUAUCAAAAACUCAAAUUCGGUUCCCGGUUGUUGUGCCGCCAAUGAGUAAGGUGAAGGUGACCCUUUUAGCUACAACUACAUCAUGCGACAUUCCCUUCUCCUACUCUCAGCGGGACACUCUUAUUCGCCAAACCCCGGCAGCUAUGACCUACAUCAAGGAAGGUGGCCUUUACACUGGGGUCAGUUCAUACAACUUCAAGCACAGGAGAGAAACAGAAAGGCUUGCAGGAUGA